GUCAGUGGAGGAGAAAUAUUAUCCAACUUAGCGCGAAAUAAAUGAUAGAAAUAGAGUGAGAAAAUCCCAAAAGAAACAGAGAAAUGAUCUGCCUCACUACUCCUGGAUUACUCAGCCAUGAAUGUUCAUUCCCAAAUAAAUCUCCCAGGUUUAAUCAAUUCAAAAGAAGAAACCCACAUUUUGUGAUAAUCAAAUCAUCAUCAGAAAAGAGUGAAAACCCAUUUCCUCCAAUAAAAUCAGCUAAAAGAGUAGUAUUAGUAAGACAUGGACAGAGUACAUGGAAUGAAGAAGGACGAAUUCAAGGUAGUUCCAAUUACUCUGUUCUUACAAAGAAAGGUGAAUCUCAAGCUGAAACAUCUCGGCAAAUGUUAGCUAAUGAUACAUUUGAUGUCUGUUUUAACAGCCCGUUAAAUCGAUCGAAGAGGACGGCGGAGAUCAUAUGGGAUGCUCGUAAAGAGGCGAUGAUACCAGAAUUUGAUUUACGGGAAAUCGAUCUUUAUUCUUUUCAGGGACUUUUGAAAAAUGAAGGGAUAGAGAAGUAUGGUGAAGAAUUUAGGCGAUGGCAGAAGGAUGCACCAAAUUUUGAGAUUGAUGGUCAUUACCCGGUGAGAGAAUUGUGGGUUCGUGCUAGAAAUUGUUGGGAUAAAAUUCUUUGUCAUGAAGGGGAGUCUGUGCUUGUUGUUGCUCAUAAUGCUAUUAAUCAAGCUCUUGUUGCUACCGCUAUGGGAUUGGGGACGGAGUACUUCAGGGUUCUACUUCAAAGUAAUUGUGGUGUAAGUGUUUUGGAUUUCACCCCUGUGGAUGACAGUGAAUCUCCUCACAUCUGCCUUAAUCGUUUGAAUCAGACGCCCAAGUCAUCUAUAGCACCAACAAGUUCUGCCGGUAGAAAAAGCAGUAAACAACUAAUUAUUGUGUGCCAUGGAAAUGUUGAGGCUACAUCACCAAAUUCUCCUGAUGGACCAAUGAACAUGCUCGGGGUUAUACAGUCCCAGAAAACUGCUGAGCUUCUUCUAGACUUAAAGGUAACGUCAGUAGUUUGCAGCCCUCGGAUAGCCUCCAUCGAUACUGCCACAACCAUCUCCAAGGUUCAAGAAGGUGCUGUUUGCUUGGGUGCUGACACUGUACCUCGCUUAGUGGAGAUGAAGCAAUUGAACGAACUAGAAGUUGAGUCCAUUUUUCAGCAAUCAAGAACGGAUCCAAUCGAGUCCUCAUUUCUUCAUCCCGGUUGGUUAAACAGUUUCGAGGAUCAAGUGACUACGGACAUAUGGAAUCAAUCAGGGAAAGCAUGGAAAUCUUUACUAGAUGAGUUAUCUGAUGAAUCCGAGGGAGAAAGAAAUCUGGUGGUUGUCGGACAUCCUGCAGUACACAUUGCUUUAAUAGGACAAUGUCUGAAUUUGACCAAAGAAUGGAUGGGAUCAUUUCAUCUCGAUGCUGGUAGCAUUAGUGUUAUAGAUUUCCCUUAUGGGCCUAGUGGAAAAGGUGUUAUACGAUGCGUAAAUUAUACUGCUCAUUUAGGGAGGUGGUCGAUACCUGUUACAAAGUCAAGUGUGGAUAACGAAGAGUUUUAGAUGUCAAUACAAUAUGUUCAUACAGAUGGAGAAACUUGUGGCUGAUGAAUGAGAGAUUCCAUUCCUGGUUGUGUACUAUCAAGUUUUAACACUAGGGUUCACGUCGAAGUAUUCAUUUUUUUCUCUAUUAUAAGAGCUAGAAUUCUUUUAGGGAACCUUGAGUCCAGAGUUUGGAUUGUAAUAUUUAACUUACAGAUACGGUAGCGUCAAUUGCUAUGGGCCUGAUAGUUAUAUCUGUGUGCAAAUUCUAUACAGAAUGAGUAAAACAUGAGUAAAUCAACAUUUUUUUUCAAUUCCA